UGUAACGAGGUGGUUGGGGGAGAAAACAAAGUCAAACUUCCGAACGAUGUGAAAGAGAAUGCUUGUAAAACCAAAAUGCUGCUUAAGAAAUAUGUAAAAACGCGACGUAAGGUGAAAAUAUUUCUUCUAUUGGCCAUUGUGGUACUCCUUGUGGUCACCAUCAUUGUGUUGGGCUCGACGGGACACAGUGCUGCAAUUGAAUUGCUGCUGGAUGAGCGUUUUAUAGCACGGGCAUAUAGAGAUGGCGAUACUCAGCAGCAGCAGCAGCCACACCAGGAGAGGCAACCUUCAGCUGUGGCUUUGUUGCAAUCGAAACGUGAACAUGGCAUCAUUGUGCCGGAGAAAUAUAAUGAACAACAGAUUAAAGCACGCAUUAUCCAGAGUCGACUUGACCACAUGCGACAGCAGCAGCAACAACAACAGCAGCGUGACAAUGAGGUUGAGCAGAGUCGCACAACAUUGGAUGUGGUAACGACAGCUGUACAUAUAUUCUAUACAGCAAAUCAAGUUUGGUAUAAAUCAAAGAAACCAUCAGCACCGCCACCCGAACAUCCCAAGGAUGUGCCGCUAACAACUCCGAAACCUGUAAAGAUUCUCAACACAGCUUUUUAUCCAGCAUUGGGUCUUUAUAAGCCUAGCUCGUCACUGCUUUCCCAGCACUUUGAGAACAUUCGCAGCUGUGGCAUUGGUGUGUUGAUUCUAAGUUUUCCGGGUAGCUCUGCUAAACCAGCGGACACGGCACUGCUCAAUCAAAUUAUUGAAUUGGCACCUCAGCAUAAUCUCAGUGUGACCUUUGAACUAAGCGUCGCUGGCAAUCAGAGUGUGGAGUUUGUGCGUCAACAGUUGCAGGAUAUAUCCACAUAUGCCGAGUUGCCAGGAUUUUAUCGGGUAUACAGUCAAUCCCGACGAGCUCUAAUGCCCGUGUUGUAUGUGAGUAAUGCCUACAAGCUCAGUGAUAGCCUUGGACGUCUACUCUGCCGUCAGACGGCGUCUCAGUUGGAUGAUGGUGAUGGUCUUCGUCGGAUAUUGGAUGCCUUUUUUAUAGGUCACAUCAGACUUAAAAGCCAUUUGGAUGUGAUGCGUCGUCUGUGCUUUGAUGGCUUUUAUUCCAAAUUACCUAGCAAUGGAGCUGUAUUUGCCAGCACCUGGAAAAAUUGGUCAUAUCUUAAAUCCUAUGCCUUGUCCUACAAAAUGCUAUUUGUUCCAACUGUUGGACCAGGUUUUGCGGAACGUAAUAAGUUCCCGCGACACGGCGACAUACAAAGGCAUCGCAGUAAUGGAAGGUACUAUGGUGUGGCUUGGCGCACAGCCAUACUAAAUCAUUUGGGAUUCAUUAACAUUGCCAGCUACAAUAAUUGGCCCGAUGGCAGCCAAAUUGAAGAGGUAAUACCACGUGCUGGUUUUCUUGAUUAUAAUCCUGGAUCGAAAACCAAAUAUUUGGAUCUAACGGCCCACUGGGUGGGUAAUUUUUUGAAAACGCGACAAGAGGCAGCAGCGACUGCCCAAAAUUGUUAUGAGCUGCUCAAUCAGACAAUUUGCUAGGCAUAUCCAGGGCAAAAAACAAAAAACAAAGAAAAGAAAUCGAAUCCAAAACACUUUCCAUAUGAUACAUACUAGUUCAAAGUGUAUUUACUUUAUAUAAGCAAUAGAUUGCAGGCCAUCAAAAAAUUACUUUCUUACUGUUACUACGAAAAGUCUUUUUACAUACUACAUUCAUAUAGAAGUAUAUACAUAUACGCCUAUUAAUUCUAAUUAUAUACAACAUAUAUUGUAGUAGAUCUGCCAAAAAAAAACUAUAUACAUAUAUAUAUAAACUGCAAGCAAUAUAUAUCUUUAAGUAACUGUUAACUCAAAUUAAUCAAAUCAAUAUGUAGCAUAGCUAGCGGGCCGAUCUCAGUAGAGAGCAAUUUUUGAAACUUUAUUAGCUUUUUAUUAAUUGGAUAAAUAGAAGAAGCAGCAGCAACAAAAUAUCAUUAAAAAAUAAUGCCAUGACAUUAUAUAGAAACAAUAUGGAAUGUAUGUUAUGCAUAAUAACACUUGUUAAACGAAUGGUACUUAACAAAUUUUAACUUUAUUACAAUU